GGAGCCGCAGCCGCCGCCGCCGCCACUCCCGCUCUCUCUGCGCCGCAGCCGCCGCCGCCACUUCCACCGUCACCGCCACCGCCUGAGUCUGCAGCCCAGAGGAGAAAUGCAACCCUGGCAGCCAUUCUACUCUGAGAAGACCCGGGGGAACCCCACCUGCUGGCCCAGCUGCUGAGGGGCCUGGGAACCUCUGCCGUACCCCUCCCCUCCUCACUGGGGUGUUCUCCCAUCUCAUCAUUUGGUCGUACCCGCCCCCCACUGCAGUGACCUCCCCUUCCUCACUGCAUUGACCUUCUCUCUUCUCGGGGGGAGGGGGAAUCCCUUUUACGGCCCAAGACUGCAGCCAGCUCCUCCCCACCCCCCACCCACUGCAGUAACCUCUUUCCCAUCCCGCCCAGUCUCUGGCCCCUCCCAGUGAUCUCAGGCUCCGCCCCUCUAAGCCUCUUAUCUUUCUCCUUCCUUUCCUUCCACCGAGGAGAUCCCAGCCAUCAUGUCCAUAGAGAAGAUCUGGGCCCGGGAGAUCCUGGACUCCCGUGGGAAUCCCACGGUAGAGGUGGAUCUCUGUACUGCCAAAGGUCUCUUCCGGGCUGCAGUGCCCAGUGGAGCCUCCACGGGCAUCUAUGAGGCCCUGGAGCUGAGGGAUGGGGACAAACAGCGUUACUUAGGCAAAGGUGUCCUGAAGGCGGUGGACCACAUCAACACCACCAUCGCACCAGCCCUCAUCAGCUCAGGCCUCUCUGUGGUGGAGCAAGAGAAACUGGACAACCUGAUGCUGGAGCUGGAUGGGACUGAGAACAAAUCCAAGUUUGGGGCCAAUGCCAUCCUGGGUGUGUCUCUGGCCGUGUGUAAGGCUGGGGCAGCUGAGCGGGAAUUGCCCCUCUAUCGCCACAUUGCUCAGCUGGCCGGGAACUCAGACCUCAUCCUGCCUGUGCCGGCCUUCAACGUGAUCAAUGGUGGCUCUCAUGCUGGGAACAAGCUGGCCAUGCAAGAGUUCAUGAUCCUCCCAGUGGGCGCUGAGAGCUUCCGGGAUGCCAUGCGACUCGGUGCAGAGGUCUACCACACACUCAAGGGGGUCAUCAAGGACAAGUAUGGCAAAGAUGCCACCAAUGUGGGUGAUGAAGGUGGCUUUGCCCCCAAUAUCCUGGAGAACAGUGAAGCCUUGGAGCUGGUGAAGGAAGCCAUCGACAAGGCUGGCUACACAGAAAAGAUUGUCAUUGGCAUGGAUGUCGCUGCCUCAGAGUUCUAUCGUGAUGGCAAAUAUGACUUGGACUUCAAGUCUCCUGCUGACCCUUCCCGAUACAUCACGGGGGACCAGCUGGGAGCCCUCUACCAGGACUUUGUCAGGGACUAUCCUGUGGUCUCCAUUGAGGACCCAUUUGACCAGGAUGAUUGGGCUGCCUGGUCCAAGUUCACUGCCAACGUAGGGAUCCAGAUUGUGGGUGAUGACCUGACAGUGACCAACCCAAAGCGUAUUGAGAGAGCAGUAGAGGAAAAGGCUUGCAACUGUCUGCUGCUCAAAGUCAACCAGAUCGGCUCGGUCACUGAAGCCAUCCAAGCGUGCAAGCUGGCCCAGGAGAAUGGCUGGGGGGUCAUGGUGAGUCACCGCUCAGGAGAGACUGAGGACACGUUCAUUGCCGACCUGGUGGUGGGGCUGUGCACAGGCCAGAUCAAGACUGGCGCCCCAUGCCGUUCUGAGCGUCUGGCUAAGUACAACCAGCUCAUGAGAAUUGAGGAAGAGCUUGGGGAUGAAGCUCGCUUCGCUGGACAUAACUUCCGUAAUCCCAGUGUGCUGUGAUCCCUCUGCUUGCCUGGAGACGUGGAACCUCUGUCCUAUCCUUCUGGAACCUCUUUCUUGCUGUCCUGAUCUGUGCUAGUUCACCCCCUGAGGUCCCCUGAGCCCCAGGGUGCCCAGAACUUCCCUGAUUGACCUGCUCUGGCUGCUCCUGGGCUUAACCAAGGCACUGCUGUCUCUGCUCUCCCUCCUCUCUUGGCCCUAUCGCUGGGGUUCCACACUCUGCACUUCUCCAUCCUUUCUCUCCUCCCUCAAAAACUGGAAAUGGGAGUGAGGAUUAUAAGGGGGUCCAUGGAAGAAUGAUCAGUGUCUGUGACGGAGCAUUCAGAGAGGGACCAUGCGUCACUUGUGCUUUGCUCUCAUUGCGUGUGUUUUCCAUGUUGCACGUGAGCCAUGAACUGUGCACAGUGGGGUGGAGGGGAGUGCUGGGUGUAUGGUCAUGCCUGGCUAAGGCGUUGGUGUAUUUAUUUAUUUAUUUAUUUUUAUUCAUCUUGUUAAUUAAUCAUUUUCCCGUAACUGGCCUGACUUGAGGGGAACCAUAUGUCUGUAUUUCAUGUGGCUGUAGACCCCAAGAUGACCUGGGGUGGGAGGUCUUGCUAGAACGGGAGGGUAACAGAAAGGGCCUUGCUGUCAGUUCCUUUGUAUGUACUAACUGAAGCCUGGGUCGGUCCAGAGUGGAGCAUGUGCCUGGGGGACUCUUCCCCUCUAAAUCUCUCCCCAGCCCUAGGUUCCCUUUCUUCCUCCAGCUGCACCAGAGAAACGUCUCAUUCCCCCUGCCAUGUUCCACAGUUGCCACCACCUCUGUGGCAUUGAAAUGAGCACCACCAUUAAAGUCUGAGUCACAGUGCA